AUGUCAUACCUCCUCCACGGCAGCACAUCUUACACUGGAAUGGGCUGGGUCGACCUGGUACCCCGCUGCGGUCGUAUCUACAUUGGCGGCUUAUACGCUUUGUACCAGACCGACCUCAUCGAAGCAGCAGGCAUAACACACGUGCUCUCAGUCAUUGAUUACGACGCUUUACUCCAAGAGAAAUUCUGCCACCUAAGGCAUUUCCAUAUCCGGGCCGAGGACCACCCAAACACCAAUCUCCUGCAGUUUUUCGAGAGUGGUGUCAAGUAUAUCGAUGAGGCGCUAACCUCUCCCCCGCUGACUCCUGGUAAUACUAAGCCUCACGUCGCGGACGCUAACAUCUCACCCUCAAAAGGGGCCGAUGGUGCACCCGCGGGUGGUGGCGUAUUCGUGCACUGUGCAAUGGGCAAGUCACGCUCCGCCACGCUUGUCUGCGCCUACUUGAUUUGGAAAUACAAUGUCUCCCCUGAAGCGGCCUUGGAGCAGUUGUGUGAGGGAAGGCCGAUUUGCGAUCCGAAUCCUGGGUUUAAAGAGCAGUUGGAGGUUUGGAGUGCAAUGUGUCGUGCCGGUAGUGAGGGAGAGAAGAAGAGGAUGUAUGAGCGUUGGGAAAAAGAUCGGUUCACUGGCGAAGUAUGUGAUUGGGAGGCUUGGGUUAAGGAGCGGGAGAGAGAGAAAGGAAUGAGUCUUCAAGCUUCGAAGCUUUAG